GGGUCUACCAAAAGUCUGUUGCUAUGUAAUGAACGAAUGUAUAUAUUACAUUCAUGUCUGACGAAUCCGUGAAUGUAUCCCGUUAGGUGAGCUCAUCACGAAAUUGCAGAUGUUAAAAAAAAAGAUGACCGAAAACCAAAAUUUUAGAUAUUACAUAACAAGAAUGCUCGAUCUAAGUAAAAUUUAAACAAAAAAUUCGUCCAAACGUACCUAUAUGUCCGAUAAAAUUAUUGUCUAUUACAUCCUUUGUUACGGAUAUGACACUGUAAUUUUGUCGUACCCACUUAUGAAUUAUAUCAACUAAAUUAAUAUAUCCUGAUAGUGCCACAGUUUAAAAGGGCUUCUUAAUAGAGCCCUCUCUAUACAGCCUCAUGUAAAAAGGUUACUGCACCUAACAUCCAUUUUUUAUAAAAAUAAUAUGGCACGAAACAUGUAACGCCAAUGUUCGAUCGAUAUUAUAUUAACGAUAUACAUACAUAUAUAAUUAUAUGUAUACAUAAAGUACCAAGGUUAUGUUAUGUUGGUUAACCGUUUUAUCGGUAUUUUGUUUGCCAACAUUAUCACACUGCUAACACGUUUCCUUAAUCGUUUAGGAUAAUCACUACGUUCAAAAAAGUGAAUCAUACUCCGAAUGAUAUUAAAACAGCACGAAUUCGAUUCUUAUAUACGCGAUUAGUAUUUCGAUUCGAUUUUCAAAUAGAUUCAGCAGAAAGAAGAAUGCUGUUUAAACUCUCCAGUAUUUCAGGCUAAGUACGGCGCGACAUAAACUGUAGAACAGCAUGUUUCGCUAUAUUAUGUUAUAGACUGUUCCAUAAACAGUCAUCGAGGUUUCGUGAAGCGUACUUUAGUUUCGCAACGCGUAGCAACCGAGAAUUGGUCAUCAUGUCAGAAUACUGCGAAUUCAUGUGGAAUUCGGCGCGUAGGCCCAUGGAUUUGGCGCUGGCAAGGAGCCUCUACGAUGAAGGCGGACGAAUUGAAGUUCGCGAUAAAAAAUUGGCCGUCAAAACAGUUCGUGCGAUUUUACGAGAUAUGCCAGGCGUUGACAUCAACCAAUGUACUGACGAAUACAUAACGCGCUUCCUGCUAGCCCGGAAGUACAGGACGGAACAAGCUGCUGCCUUGAUUGCGGCUUAUCAGGCGCAAAUUGUCCAUCGACAGGAUAUUUUUGGAAAUCUCACAGCUCGUGAUCCUGCUCUUCAAAGAGCACUUCGUGCUGGGAUACCGGGUGUACUUCCUGCUAGAGAUCGAAAAGGGCGAUGCAUCUUGGUCAUAUUAGCAUCGCAAUGGGAUCCUAUUGCAGUACCAGCAUUGGCUGUACAAAGAGCUAUUUUUCUUGUUUUGGAAAUCCUCAUUCAGGAUCCACGAAAUCAACAUUCGGGGUUCGUCGUUGUGGUGGACUGGAGUGGAUUCUCUUUAAGACAGGGCGGCGCCCUAGGUGCAGCAGCACUUCGUAAUCUCAUAGGAGCCUUACGAGGCCGAUUUCCGGCCAGAUUCAAAGCAGUUCACUUCCUAUCGUCUCCUCUUUGCGUACAAGCCACUCUUGCUAUUGUUAAGCCCUUCCUGGAUGAAAAAACGCGAAACAAGAUCUUUUUACACGGAAACAAUCUAAGCACUCUUCAUGAACAUUUACCUACUGAUAUUUUACCAGCUGAUCUAGGUGGUACAGGUCCUGCCUUUAACCCUGGUUUAUGGGCUGAACCAGUAAUACACUCCGCCAUGAAGGAGGCUGAAUUGGCAGCCAUUAAAAGGGACAAAGAAAAGGCAGAGAGAGCCGAAAUGGUGAAAAAUGUCAACAACACAAAUAUAUCUAAUGAUGAAAUAAAGAAGGCCUCUCAACUAGUAGACAAUUCUACUACUGAUGAUUUGCCCAAAAGUAAUGAAGAUAAGAAUAUAAUUAGUGAUCAGCAAAAGAUUGAUAGUGUUGCAAAUGAUAUUGGACAUUUGAAUUUGUUACGAAAAUCUGAGGAAUCUUCAAAUAUUGACAAAAGUAUUCGUGGUUUGGAUACAGGAACGAAUGAGAAGGAUAAUGUAAAUGAUGCUCAGGGAUCUUUGGUUGAUUUUACGGAUGAAGAUAUCGAUGAGGACAGUGGUAGUGUAAAGAAAGAUGUCACCAAUACUGAAAUGCAAAAGCAAGAGCUAAUAUCUAAAGAUGAGAAUAAAAAUGAAGAUUUGAGAACGCAAUAUAGCGAUUAUAAAGAUGAGAAUAGUAUUACUGUGUCUUUGGACAACUUGGAGGUUCUAAAAGACGACAUAGAGACCUUGCAAAUGGACUCUGAGACAAAUUCGAAUGAGUUUGAGAUGGUACCGAGACAUCUUGAAAACGAAGAUAGCAGCAAAGACAAUUCAUUGGAUUUGAAAGUUGAAAAGGUUGUUUUAAAGAGUGGAAAAUAUCAACUUCCAGAAGAGUCCAAUUUGAUUAUGUAAUGAAAUAUGAAAAAAAAAGAAAUGGCGAAUAAUGGAUAGUACUUUUUUAUUUUAUGGACCUCGCUGUUUUGAUAAUAUAUAAAACAGCUAAAUAAUGCGCCUGAAGUAAAAAAAAAUUUUCAUAUUGAAUUUCAAAUGGCAGCUAAACCACGUAUAAGUUCCUUAUUAUAAUUUAGGAAUUUAUUGUCGUUUUACAAAUAAAUAUUGCUUCGACGGAAACAAGAAACAAAUUUCACAGGGACAUAAUGAAGAUUGAAAAAAUUUUUUUACAAAAAACAACUGACUUACGUAUUUUCUUAAGACAUUCUAUUUAUUUUGUUUCCUUUUCUGUCUUCAAUUUCUGCUUUUCUUCCUUAUAUUUCUAAACCAUUUUUACUAUAUAAACAAUAAGAAUUUACUGCAAAUAACGCAGAGCAUCUUAAUCCUGUCAUGCAGCUCUCGAAAUAUCUCAUAGCGUAUCAUAAUCUUCACUAACUAUGCGAGACAGAAAAAGUACAAUUUUCUUUAAAGUACAAUUUUUUAUUUAGGAAUAUAUGUUUCUGAUCGUCCUAUCGAGUUUGACAGUAAAAAUAACAAUUAUAUUUAUUUCGAUUCUAAAAUAUAAAAAAUUGCAAGGAGAAAUGUUAAAAUGGAAUAUCCUGUGAUCCUUUAAACGCAUAACGCUUUCCUUAAUAACGUAUGGGAUACGGUGUACUAUUAAGAACUGUGAUUUAGAACAAGUGCUAAUUUAUUAAGAAAAUAAAACAGCAAGAAAGUGAAAAAAUUGUUUAAUAUAUGUAUAUCUUCCUGCAAAAGACAGUUCAUUAUCUGUUAUACUUUUUCAGGUUUUUUCACAUGUGGAAUUUAUAGCUUCUUUUUAAGUAGUGGGAUGUAUUUAGAAAAUUUUUAAAAUAAAUGGGUCGUACCCACGUAAAGACAAUAAAAAAUA